UACGUGCUCCGCGCGGUCCUGUCGCCAGCCUACUGCUGGAAGGUUUUUUGUUUUGUUUUUUGUUUUUUGUUUUUUUUUUUUUUUUUUUGCGUGGGAAAGUGGGAGUCGAAGGAAAGGGGACUCCAACGCUCCAGGGCAGGGGCUGGCUUUUUCUAGAAGCUCUUCCUGCACAACAGGCCAAGAGUCAGGCAAGGAUGCCUUGCGAGCUCUGGAAGGCUUCCAGGAGGUGGUGAUUUCUAGCAGCACCUUAAAGGGCAGAUGCUAAAACCGAGCGUUUUCUAAGUCUCAGGACUUUAGGAGUCUUGCUGCCUAGGGCAGUGGAGUAGGACCAAAGAUUUUAGAGAGUCCCCUAAGAGCGCGUCUAUUAAUACUGUGAUGCUAAGCACAACAAGAUGUAGGACAUAGGGGGCCCAGUGAUGCGACAAGCUUGUGCUGUGGUUCCUGGUCCCCAACUUAGCAUUUCAGCCUAGGGCAGGGGCUGCCCGUCCCACUGAGAUCCGCUAGGGAGAGGGCGUCCACGCUCCUCCCCGGUCCAUUCGGCGGGGGCGUCGCGGACUACACAUCCCAGCAUGCUUCGCCGGCCUCCGGGCAGCGAGACGCGGUGAGUCAGAGCGCACAGUAAAUAUUUGUAUUAGCCGGGGCCGGCUCGCUAAUGGUGGACGCGUGAGGCUAGCGCGCAGGGAGGCCGGAGCGGGCUGCGCGGCGGCGCCAUGUCCGUGAACAUGGACGAGCUUAAACACCAGGUCAUGAUCAACCAGUUCGUGCUGACGGCGGGCUGUGCGGCCGACCAAGCGAAGCAACUGCUGCAAGCGGCCCACUGGCAGUUCGAGACAGCCCUCAGCGCCUUUUUCCAGGAGACCAACAUCCCCUACAGCCACCACCACCAGAUGAUGUGCACUCCCGCCAACACCCCUGCCACGCCCCCCAACUUCCCUGAUGCCCUCACCAUGUUCUCCCGUCUCAAGGCCUCUGAAAGCUUCCAUGGUGGUGGCGGCAGCGGCAGCCCAAUGGCCACGUCGGCCACAUCACCCCCACCGCACUUCCCCCAUGCCACUGGCAGCUUUGCAACACCCAGCUGGCCAACUGCAGCCUCGCCCCCAGGAGGCCCACAACACCACCAGCCGCAGCCGCCCCUGUGGACUCCGACACCCCCCUCCCCGACUUCAGACUGGCCUCCUCUGGCUCCCCAACAGGCCACCUCAGAACCAAGGGCCCACCCUGCCAUGGAGGCAGAGAGAUAAGGGAGGCCCCUCCCCCCUCCCGGAGGCCAGAACCCCGUGGGGUGGGGGAGAGGAUGUCUCCGUGGGCCCCUUCACCCCUCCUCUGUCUGCACCCCUAUACCCCAGAGCCCUGGAGGGGAGAAACUGGACUCUAGCCAGGCAGUCUUGUGCCAGCAUGCACAGCUGCACACACGCAAGUUCACAGCGCAGGCACCCCCAGCUCGCAUGGAUCUGACGCAGAGUGGCUUGGGUGCCUAGUGGGCAGCACCUUGGAGACCAAGCAGCUAUCCAAUGAAGACUUACCUGCCUGGCCCCACCACCUGGAGUGUUUCAGAGAAUCACUUGGUGGCAGACACGUGGCUGACUCCUGUCUUGGGGCCAGUAGGCCUAGAUCCCUACCCUUGGGAAUGCAGAGCCUUCUCCGCAUGUGUGUGCAGCUGUGUCUUAUGUAUUUAUAUGUAUGUCGCUCUUCAAAAGCAACCUAGUCUAUGGGGCAGCUGGACUUUGCAUGUUCGAGUGAGCCCCAAGCCCCUCGGCCCACCACCCCGCUGUCUGAAGGGCCCUGCCUCACUCCACCUCCUUAUCUGCCAGCAUUGCUGUUUUCUGCAAAGGAUUAUGGGAAGCUCCAGGACUCUUCUACCCAGCCCCUGCCUGCAAGGGUUCCCUGCAUGCCUCUUCCCCAGAGCCCGGGGUACCUGGUCCCCAUUUCCUACCCUUCUUUUAACAACAGAGAAAAGAAUUUCAAACCACCA